UGACAUAGGCUUACGUAGUAGUAGCAGCAGCAGCAGCAGCAGCAAGCAAGCAAGCAAGCAAGCAAGCAGUACAAUGGCUCGUACCAAGCAGACAGCAAGGAAAUCGACCGGCGGUAAGGCGCCCAGGAAGCAGUUGGCAACGAAAGCUGCCCGCAAGAGUGCUCCGGCCACCGGUGGUGUGAAGAAGCCGCAUCGUUACAGGCCUGGCACAGUGGCUCUGCGAGAAAUUCGUCGCUACCAGAAGAGCACUGAACUGCUUAUUCGUAAGCUGCCGUUCCAGCGCCUUGUUCGUGAGAUCGCACAGGACUUCAAGACUGACCUGCGUUUCCAGAGCUCGGCUGUUAUGGCUCUGCAGGAGGCAAGCGAAGCCUACUUGGUUGGCCUGUUUGAAGACACCAACCUGUGCGCUAUCCACGCCAAGAGAGUGACUAUCAUGCCGAAAGACAUUCAGUUGGCCAGGCGUAUUCGUGGAGAACGUGCUUAGACGACAACACACGCGCGGCUAUAUCAUGUUAUUGGCUGCUGGUGCUGUGCAAUGCAACGCGCACUCACACCAACAACGGCCCUUUUCAGGGCCAG